AAUGAUGUGUGCACAAAAAGAAAAAAAAAAAAGCUAGAACCCUAAACCCUUGGACGAUUUGGCUUGAGCGAAAGCUGCGAGAGAGCAAGACCACUCAUUCUUGUUCUCUGAAGCUCUUGUGAUGGCUUCCAGAUGCAACAGAUUCAUCAACAGAACAUCCAUAUCAUCUCUCAAGUCCGCCAUUAAAACCAAUCUUCAAACAGCUUCCGCGUCUUCUUCGUCUUCAAGAUUCCCUCUUCCAACCAGAUCCACUUCCUUACCACUUCCACGAUUCUCCCUCUCCAGAUCUCCGUCGGAGCUUGGAUGCGUGCAGUCUCUGUUGCCUCUCCACAGUGCAGUAGCUUCUGCAAGGAUGACAUCGUGCCUGAGCUCGUCUUCAAGGAGUUGCAGAGCUCUCUCUCAGGGUACACUCUGCCGUACCUCUCCCGGCCUGCACAUGAGUUUCCAUUGCUUGAAAGAUAUAUACUGGGAUUUUACAAGACCUGCCAAUUAUGAUUCACUGCAUCAUUCUCAAAGCUUGGUCAAUCAGUGCCGAGGUGAUUUGUUAGCAGACCAUCUCACAACCAGAAAAUGUUGUCUUCAAGCGAUUGGAAUGGCAAGGUUUUGUAGUUCAUCCAGCCAAAACUUCUAUCAAUUUGAAAAUUUUGCUUCAACUUUAUAUAGCUGUAAAACUACUGCUGAUUUUUUUACAAUGUAGUAAGCAUUGAUCAGCUACAAUUUUUAUGUGAUAAAGUGGUCUACAUUCAAUCUGAAAUUCUCA